AUGACAAAGAAAAAAGGAACCUAUUGUAUUCUAUCUCUUGAUGGUGGAGGUGUUAGAUCAAUUAUUGAAUCAGUAAUAUUAUCAAGAAUUAUAAAGGUAUUCCCAACGUUUUUGGAUCAUGUUGAUCUGAUAACUGGUGCCUCAGCAGGUGGUAUUCUGGCCUUGGUGUUGGCAGCCGGAAAAUCAAACGAUGAAACCCAAGCAUUCUUUAAGAAGAUUGCACCAGAAAUCUUUUACAAAUCAUGGAUUCAUGAGAUUACCUCGUUGGAUGCUGCAAUUGCACCGGCAUACACCAAUUUAAAGUUGAAGCAGGUGUUGACCGACGAGCUCGGUGACGUGCGACUCAAAGAUCUUCCAAAGAAGGUCUUGAUUCCAAGCUUCCAGCUCGACAAUCACUCCACCAACGUGCCGGGUGACGAAGAGCAACCACCAACUCCGAUCAUCGAAGGUCACCUUCACAAUUCAUUCAUCGAGGAGGACUUUGAGAUCAUUCCACCACAAAUCAAGGAUCCAACACACAGACGCUGGGCACCAAGAUUCUUCCACAAUCUUCACCACUCGAAAACCAACAAUCACACAGCAGUCGAUGUCGCUCUCAGAACUAGCGCUGCACCAACCUACUUCCCCAUCUAUCAGGGAUUCGUAGACGGUGGUGUCUACGCCAAUAAUCCAUCGCUCUGUGCUAUCACCAGUGCCAUCUCCUCUGGUGUGCCACUCAAGAACAUUGUAGUGCUAUCGCUAUCGACAGGACGUGAUGGUAAAUUUGUCUCGCCAGAGCAGUACGGCAAAGGAGAGUGGGGAUUGGCUCAGUGGGCACCAACACUGGUCGAUAUGUUGUUGGACUCGGGUGUGGAGAUAUCCGACUACCAGUGCGCACAACUCUUGGGAUCACAAUACCAUCGUGUCGACCCAUUGUUACCCAAGGUGAUCGAUCUCGACCAACCAAAAUACAUCCCAAUGUUGGAGGAGGUUGCCAACAAUGUCGAUCUUGCAUCGACAAUCGAGUGGAUCGGUAAAUUCUGGUUCAACAAGAAAGAGAUCCUCUCUGUCAAGACACCAACAACAUCACCAUCAUUCGUGCCAAUGCCAAGCGACGUUCCACCACAAGAAAACAUUGAUGCUAACGACGAUAAACAAAAUAAUUCACAACCAUCUGUUACAACAACAACAACAACUACCACCACAACAGAAACAGAUACCAUCGGUAAAGAAAUGAUGCUAGGAAGAUCAUUGUUGAAUAAGAGAUUCACUCAAUCAUUGACUACCUCUCUGUUUGGUUCGGUCAACCGUAAUGUAGUCACUAAGCGUAACUUCUUAAAUAUAGUACCAGAUCCAUCAGUUGGAUUGACAGAUGAACAAAAAGAAUUCCAAACGAUGGCAUUGAACUUUGCAAAUGAAAAGAUGCUACCUUUCGCACCAAAAUGGGAUCAAGAAGAGUUCUUCCCAAAGGAGGUCAUGAGAGAAGCUGCUGAACUCGGUUUCGGUGGUAUCUACGUUGACCCAGAGGUUGGUGGUUCAGGUCUUUCACGUGAGGAUGCAACCAUCAUCUUUGAAGCACUCUCAUCUGCAGAUGUAUCUACCACUGCCUAUAUCAGUAUUCACAAUAUGUGUGCAGGAUUAAUUGAUAUCUAUGGAACAAAUGAACAAAGACAUAAAUAUCUUCCAUCUCUGACCAAGAUGGAAUCGCUAUCAUCGUAUUGUCUGACGGAACCAGGAAGUGGAUCGGAUGCAGCAUCACUCUCCACUAAAGCCGUUAGAGAUGGCGAUCAUUUCGUGUUGAAUGGAUCCAAGGCAUUCAUUAGUGGCGGUGGCGAGAGUGAUGUCUACCUUGUGAUGGUGCGUACCGGCGAGAAAGGUGCCAAGGGAAUCAGUUGUUUGUUGAUCGAGAAAGACACUCCGGGACUGUCGUUCGGUAAGAAAGAGGAGAAACUCGGAUGGAACACUCAGCCGACUCGUGCCGUCAUCAUGGAGGACUGUCGUGUGCCAGUCGCCAACCUGAUCGGAAAGGAAGGUCAAGGUUUCAAUAUCGCAAUGAAUGCACUGAAUGGCGGUCGUUUGAAUAUCGGUGCUUGCUCGCUUGGUGGCGCACAAGCCAGUUUAGUAGCGGCGCGUGACCACCUCAAGGUGCGUAAGCAAUUCGGACAGCCACUUGCCAACUUCCAGUCGAUCCAAUUCAAGCUGGCCGACAUGGCCACCAAGUUGUACGCAGCGCGUACCAUGCUCCGUAACUCUGCCAAGAUGUUGGAUGCCAAAGACCAACAAGCCGCCGUCUACAUUGCCAUGGCGAAACUCUUCACCUGUGACACCUGCUUUGAGAUCUGUGACGAGGCACUCCAGCUACACGGUGGAUACGGAUACCUCAAAGACUACCCAAUAGAGAGAUAUCUUCGUGACACUCGUGUACAUCGUAUUCUUGAAGGUUCCGAUGCCGUAAUGCGUUUAAUUACAUCACGUGAAAUCUUAAAAGAUAACUAA